CCUCUCAUUUGCUUAUUUUCCUUUCUUACUUCACAUUAUUUCUUAUCCGCUUUAGAUAGAGAGAGAGAGAUAGAGAAUGGUGUUGGGAAAGCGUCACGGAUCUUUGAUCAAGAGAACAACAAGCAUGAGAAUGAUCACACUCGAUACAGCCACGAUCAAUGAUCAAGCAUCUCAGCCGCCCGAUCAUCUAACCACUCAUCAGCAUCAUCAUAAUCCGACGGUAGUGAUGGCUACUCAAAAUGAUGAUUUCUUGAGGACCUGUAGUUUCUGCAAUCGAAAUCUUUGCCAUCGUCGUGACAUUUAUAUGUACAGAGGGGACAACGCAUUUUGUAGCUUAAAGUGCAGAGAGAAGCAAAUUAAGCUGGACGAAAGAAAAGUGAAAAACGGCGUUCAAAUAUCCAAGAAAUCAAUCCGGUUUUAAUUGAUCAUGUAUGAUCUAUAAUAAAUUAAAUUACUUCUUCCCCGUACGGAUAAAAUUUAAUGUGUUUGUGGUUUGUACAUAGGAAUAAGAGAAAGAACAAAGACGAGAAAAUGGGAUUAAAUGAUUAUAGUGAUCGUAUUCUAUAUAAAAAUAUUCAUAAUUCAUAAGCAUAGAGUAAUUGAAUUUGACUUGCUCGUGUGUGUGUGUGUUUUUUUUUUGUAAUAUGUAAUAUAUAUAUAUAAUAUAUAAUAUAAUAUGAGUGUUUGCUGUAUAUUCAGGUGUUUACUAGUUG